GUUUCUACACGGAAGGAUUUCUAGCAGAACACAAAUAUUUGCUAAAAUGUCACGAUUAUCAGAAAAAGAGCGCGUCGGAUUCAAAAAGAUGUUCAUCUCAAUGACAACAGACGACUUAAAGUCUCUCAGCGACACGGUCACUAAUAAGAUGAUAUUUGUGGAAAAUCUUACGGAGGCAACAGAAGCCAUCCUUUCUUUCUCCAAAAACGCCGAGGAGCUGCUGAGAAGGAAGAAGGUUCAGCGCGACCUCAUCUUCAGGUAUCUGGCGACAGAAGGGGUGGCGAUGCCCCCGAGCAGCGAGAAACACCAGCUGGUGAAGAGGACGCUGCAGCUGUGGAGCUCGGGGGAGGCGGAUGAGACCGAACUCCAGCAGCCCGCAGCGUCUGAUUCCAUGGAAGUGAAACCUGUCGUAGACUUUGAUCCACUGGUCCUGGGCCAGCAGUUCUGCCAGUGGUUCUUCCAGCUGUUGAACAGUCAGAACCCUUCGCUGGGCCAGAAGCCUCAAGAAUGGGGACCGCAGCAUUUCUGGCCAGAUGUCAAACUACGUCUCUUGUCCAGAACUACCAGUGAACAGAAGGAGGAGAUUCCAGGUGCUGAACUGGUCAGCCUUCGUCUCCUGGCCCUGACCAGCAGUGAGCGGCUCCUUUUCAAUCCUAACCUGGAGCCCCGCGGCCUCAAAGCCGUGGCCUCCAGCCACGGCCUGGUGUUGGUGAGCGUGGCCGGAACCAUCCACAGAGACGUGGCCUGUCUCGGCGUCUUUGAGCAAGUGUUUGGCCUCAUCCGCUCACCGCAGGACGAGAACAGCUGGAAAAUAAGGUUUAUCAACCUCAGCAUCAGAGGACAGGAUGCUCUGGGUGGGGCGGAGGCGGCAGCGCCCGCUUUGAGCUACAGCUCCAGUGAGCUGAAGCAACUCUGCAGCUGAAGACAAUCAAAACAUUCAUUUUUCUUUUAGAUUAUAUACGCUGGGGUAGCUUUAGGGAUUGAGCAUGCUCUCUUGUUUGUACUCAUCACUCUUCUCAACACAUGCACUGACGGUAGAAGUCACGUACUGGAUCUGGUUAGAGUAAAUGCAUAAAUUCAUCUUCUGAUGUAAUGUGUGGUAAGCACUCGCAUUAGAACAGACGAGGGUGGACACCGAUGGCUUUCACUUCACUUGUUACAGCUACAACUUGAUGAAAAUUCCCAAAAAGGUUCUCUGGUGUCUUUUUUUUAAUUUUAUUUUAAGAAAAUGAAAUUUCUGUAGCUCCUGAUCCUGGAAGCUUUUUAGUAACUGUAUUUUUUAUUGCAAAGUAUGAUGUGCUUUGGUGGUCCGUGCCUUAAGUAGGAAGUGCUUUACCCUCACUGGCCGCGUUAUUAGCUACACCUGGUUUACCUUAUAAGGUGGCGAGUACAUUAAAGUAGCCGGUGAGUGUAUGUGCAUGUGUUACCAGUAUGCUUUUGUAAAUAUGUACAAAUAUUUAAUGGAGAUCUUUGUUUAUAUGUACUGUAAUGAUAAGUAAGUUUUGCACACGAAAAUGUUGCUUCAUCAUGUGAUGAUACAAAGCAAAGUAAAGCAGGUUUUGAAUGUAAUUAGCUUGAAGUUGUAUUGUUUUUAUCAUCACUUGGUUUCCUAAAGGAUAUGUUGUGUUAUUCAUUCACGGGUGAAAAAGGAUGUGAUGGGAUAAAAACAAAAGUUAAUUAAACGUACUAGCAUUUUAUUUUAAAUGCCGUUCUGCUGCUUUAUAUGUCCAGCCUGUUCAUGUCAACCCUGAACUAAUCUUGGAGGAUGGCCUCUUUGAGUUCCUUAAUGUCUGUUUUCCAUAAAAGGUUCUUAACUGGCUGAAAUGACCAGGAAGUUCAGUAUCUAAGUGGCCAUCAUAAGAGCUGGACACAUUCUCUUAAAAUACAGGAGCGACAUAUAAUGUCAUCUUUUAUGAAGGGGAAGAGUUUCCUACCAGAAUUGCCCUCAGAUGUAACUUUCAGAGUAUAGUUUAUUUUUGUUUUGUUUAGGCUUGUCCUUUGUUCUUUCUUACCAACCUUGGUGAUAAAAUUGUUUUUUAUUUGUCUUAUGGCUUCCAUUCAAAUAAUAAUAAAAACCAAAUGAAGCAUUUGCAAAGAAGUGAAUAAAUCAUAUUGGUGACCUUUUUGGUGACAAGCACCUUUCAGGGCCCACUGCAGUUUCCUUAUUGUCGUGCACCUGCUUCAACAAACCCACAGUCAUCUGGACAAAGCAGGCAGCACUGUGAAGAUCGUGUUCAUCAAUGUAUCCAGUUUAUUUAGCGCCAUCUAGCCUGCAUUACUACCUAUGAAACUCCAGAGGACACAGGUGGAUGCUUCCACAAUCACCUGGAUGACUGAGUACCUGACAAACAAAUCACAGUUGGUGAGACUGAAUAGUUGUGUCUGGCCAUGUGGUCAGCAGCACAGGAGCACCACAGGGGACUGUGCUCUCACCACUGCUUUUCACACCUUACACCUCAAUAGUCAGGCUGCAGAAAUGUUCAGAUGACUGCAGUUGUGGAGUGUAUCAGUGACGGAGAAGAGACGGAGCACAGAGAACUGGUGGACUGUUUUGUGGCAUGUUGUGGGAACAAUCAUCCCAUCUUGAAUGUGAACAAAACAAAGGAGAUGAUUAUUGAUUUUAGGAGAUCCAGAACUGGGUCUCGUUGUUUUUCCAUGAUGGGGAAAAUAAGUGGAUGUGUUGGAGGACUAUAAAUACCUCUGUGUUCACCGGACAACAGACUGGACUAGGCAGAGCGGACUGUACUUCUUGAGGAAGCCUAGGUCCUUCAGCAUGUGCAGCAAGUUGAAUAUCUGCUAUGUCUGUUGUGGAGAGUGCAAUCACAUCUGCAGUCAUCUGUUGAGUGAGCAGCACCAGAGCCGGUAACUUAAAGAAAGUGAACAAACUGAUAAAGAAGUAUGGCUCUGUUCUGGAGCUGAUGCAAAGGAGGACACUUCAUAAAAUGAAGAUCUUCCACAACCCUGAGCAACAACACAGUGAAUCAGACACAGCGUCUUGAGUCAGAGGUUCUUCAGAUCUGCUGCAGCGGGCCGCUCCAGGAAUUCCUUCCUGCCCAAAGCAAAAACCCUCUACAAUGACACUUUGAAGAGACUUGAAUAAUGACUA